CUUUUCUUUCUAUAUAGACGUAUUCAGAAUAUAUUGAUUGACAUUCACAGAUUUCAUAAGAUCGUUCUUUGGAAGUUCUUCGAAAAGAAAAAAUAUGUUCGUUGUUCAAAAAAUAGCUAACAGAACACCGUUAGCAUUAAAUCUAUACAAAACUCAAUGCAGAACAAGUUUUCUUGGUACACCUCCAAGAGUUAGAGUAUCUUUUACUGAAAAGAUGUUGCAUGGUGUUGCACUUUAUGUAGGAUUAAUGACGAUUCCACUUUAUAUUGCAUGUAAUGUAAAAAAUUAUAAUGCAGCUAAAGAAUAAAUAAAUUUCUGCAGUUAUAUUUUUGUAAAUUAAACAAGUAUUGUAGAAAAAUGUAAUAACUAUUAUCAUAUAUUUAAAUUAAAUAUUCAAAUAAAUAAAGUAAUCAAAUUAUAAUUAA